AUGAAUUCAUCAAAAGAGGCCACAACACCGCGUCCUUUGCUGAGCACUGAGGUGCCGAUUUGCGCCCAGUAUGAUCAUUUGGCCUGUGCUGAUCGAACCUGUUUGCCCAAGGAUCACUUCUGCGACGGGAUCCCAGACUGUGAAGACAAAUCCGACGAAGGCUGGUGUGAUGCGAACCAUGAUCCGAAUGCUGCUGCAAGCUGCAACAUGCAGAACUGCAGCUUACCUGACUGUUUUUGCUCAAGGGACGGUACUUUGAUUCCUGGAAAUCUUCCUGUUUCCCAGGUUCCGCAAAUGGUAGUGAUUACGUUUGACGACGCAGUCAACUCGGACAAUUGGCCAUUAUACGAACGCCUGUUCAAUGGCGAACGCAAGAACCCGAACGGGUGUCCGAUCCACGCGUCCUUCUUCCUCAGCCACGAGUACACCAACUACGCGAUGGUCCAGAAGCUUUGGAACGCGGGUCAUGAGAUCGGAGUGCAUUCCAUCACGCACCGGACACCUGAAAGGUGGUGGGGAGAAAAUGCGACGAUCGAGGAUUGGUUCGACGAGAUGGUCGGAAUGGCGAACAUCGUGAAUCGUUUCGGAGGAAUCGCCAUGGAAGAUCUUCGAGGAAUUCGAGUUCCAUUUCUGAGAGUCGGUUGGAACCGACAAUUCCUAAUGAUGCGGGAAUUUGGGUUCGUUUAUGACACCUCGAUGACCGCACCUCCGUCCGAUCCUCCAUUGUGGCCAUAUACUCUGGAUUACAGGGCACCGCAUGAUUGCUUGGGUCCUAGUCAAAUGUGCCCGAGCCGAAGUUUUCCCGGGAUCUGGGAAAUGGUCAUGAAUCAACUGAAGGCUGGAGUUCAAAUUUCUCCCAAAAAGAAUGGGGACAACGGGGCGUUUUGUACGCCAUAUCGUCUGCUGUGCCUUUACUGUACCCGAGUUGCUUGGGGCGACAUCUAUAGUCACUCCAAGCUAAGUUCCGUGUUGGCAGGCGACAUCUGUUCAACCCAGGACACAUAUUGA